AUGGCCUCAGAGAUUCACAUGGAAAGACCAAUGUGUCUCAUUGAGAAUGCCCAAGGGCAACUGGAGGUUAAUCCAGAAGCUUUGGAGAUCCUGUUUAACAUUAUGCAGACUGUGGUAGUGGUGGCUAUUGCAGGCCAGUACCGCACAGGCAAAUCCCACUUGAUGAACAAGCUGACAGGGAAGAAGAAAGGCUUCUCUUUGGGUGCCACGGUUCAAUCUCACACCAAAGGAAUCUGGAUGUGGUGUGUGCCUCAUCCUAAGAAAUCAAAGCACACCUUAGUUCUUCUUGACACCGAAAGCCUGGGAGAUGUAGAGAAGGGCAACAAGGAUAAUGACUCCUGGAUCCUUGCCCUGGCCAUCCUCCUGAGCAGCACCUUUGUGUACAAUAGCAUAGGAACCAUCACCCAGGAUGCCAUGGACCAUCUGCAGUAUCCUUUCAUGCUACGUGACAGAAUCCGAGCAAAAUCCUCACCUAAUGAGAAUGAGGUUGAGGAUUCAGCUGACUUCAUAGGCUUCUUCCCAGAAUUUGUGUGGACUCUGAGAGAUGUGACUCUGAAGUUGAAAGCAGAUAAACAAGCCCUCUCAGCAGACGAGUACCUGCAGAAUUCCCUGAAGCUAAAGCCAGGUGCCAGUAAAAAAGAUGAAAAUUAUAACCUGCCUCGACUCUGCAUUCGAAAGUUCUUUCCAAAUAAGAAAUGCUUUAUCUUCUACCCGCUUACUGACUGGAAGAAGCUUGCCCGGCUUGAGACACUACACGAUGAUGAGCUGAACUCUGAUUUUGCGAAACAAGUGAAAGAAUUCUGUUCUCAUAUCUUCAGCCAUUCUAAGAUUAAAACUCUUCCAGGAGGCAUCAGGGUCAAUGGGCCUCGUCUACAGAACCUGGUGCUAACCUAUGUCAAUGCCAUCAAAAGCGGAGAUCUGCCCUGCUUGGAGAACGCAGUCCUGGCCUUGGCCCAGAUAGAGAACUCGGCCGCAGUGCAAAAGGCCCUCACCCACUAUGACCAGCAGAUGGACCAGAAGCUACAGUUGCCUACGGAAACCCUCCAGGAGCUGCUAGACCUGCACAUGGCCAGUGAGAGACAGGCCACUGAAGUCUUCAUUGGGAGUUCUUUCAAAGACAUAGGCCAAAAAUUUCAAAGGGAAUUAGCGGCUUAUGUUGAGCCACACUUAUUCCAUAUGCAACCAUUAUUUCAACCUGAAAGUGCAAAGUAUGCCUCUAAAAGCCCAGCUCAAAAAAAGCGAGAUGACUUUUGUAAACAGAAUGAAAAAGCAUCAUCAGAUCGUUGCUCAGCUUUACUUCAGGAAAUUUUCAAGCCUCUAGAAGAAGAAGUGAAGGAGGGAAUUUAUUCUAAGCCAGGGGGCUAUCAACUCUUUAUUCAGAAAAUAGAAGACCUGAAGAAAAAGUACAGUCAGGAACAGAGGAAGGGAAUACAGGCUGAAGAGAUUCUGCAGACAUACUUGAAGUCCAAGGAGGCUGUGAGAGAUGCGAUUCUGCAGACAGACUUGAGUGUCUCAGAAAAAGAAAAGGAGAUUGAAGCGGAACGUGUGAAAGCCGAAGCUGCAGAGGCUGCAGCCAAAAUGGUGGAGGAAAUGCAAAAGAAGAAAGAGCAGAUGAUGGAACAGAAGGAGAAGAGUUAUCAGGAACAUAUAAAACAACUGACUGAGAAGAUACAGAUAGAGAGGCAGCAGUUAUUGAUGGAGCAAGAGUUGGUGCUGGCUCUUAAACUUCAGAAACAAGCCCUACAAAUAAAGCAGGGAUACCAAACUGAAAACGCUCGAAUUCGUGAUGAAAUACAGAAUCUAAAUAAGAAGAUAGGUGAAUCAAGAGGGGGAUGUAACAUAAUCUAA